GUGUAUAUAAUAAUAAAAUGCCCAGAGCACCGAGCAUCAAGAACCUCCCGUUCAAUUGGUUCAAACCUCCAGCUCCCGUUGAGCAGCGGAAACAAGUCUACCUACCAGAAUUCACAAUAACCUUAAUCCGCACACCUUUUCUCCCACCGCGCUAUGCCUCAUUCUGGGUUCCGCUGUCCUUCAACAAACUGGACAUGAAGGAUUACUUGAAAAGAGUAUAUGACGUCGACGUGAUCAAGGUGCGAAGCUACGUUGAGCAGCAGAAAGUCACAAGGGAGAGGCCAAUGGGCAAAGAGGGCUAUGGUCCACUUAGAAGGCCGAUGGCCAGGAAGAAGAUGACAGUGGAAAUGACAGAGCCGUUUGUGUGGCCGGAGGAACCAAAAGACUUUUCACCGUGGGAGCGAGACACCUAUUUCGAAGCGAAAAAGAUGCAGGAGGAUUAUCAGGAGGCGCACGGCCCAGAAGCCGGCAUGAAAGCCCCGGAACGCCAGAGAGAAUUGCUUGCCGAGCAGGCGAAGCGCCUAAAGCAAGGGAGGGAGACGUGGCAGCCAACGUGGCAAACUCUUGGGUUGAACUUUGAGAGGCCAUUGCUUAGACCACAAACGACACCGUCCUCACAAACGUCAUCGUCCUCGUAAAAGUAAUAUAUAUCCAAGCAGCGAAUGGCAGCAGAGAGCUGUGAGAAGAUAUUUGGGAUCUUUUAACGCGCAGUUGGAUACAAACUGACGGCGUUUGAAGUUUAAGAUUGAUGUCUGGCUAUAUUCAACCUCAAAUAUGUAUUAUCU